AUGGCUUACGAUACGUACGAGAUCCCCCGCCUCACUAGAACGCCCUGGGAAGUUGAACGCUACAAGAGAAACUCCGUCUGGAAACGCGCACCCCAGGAAGCUCAGUUGCCCCAGCACGUAUUCAAGAACCUUCCACGAGAGGUCUACGACUGCGUUCUCGAAUGGUUAGAGCUGCAGUACUUCGGAAAGGACCAGCACUGUCCGCCAUGCUAUCUCAGAGAUCUCUGUAGUCUAUCUUUGACCAGUCGAGCAUGGGACCGAGCUGCUACAAUCCAACUGUAUCGCAAAAUUCAUGUCCUCAGUCAUGAGGACGGUUGCAGACUUCCAAAGCUGCGUGUCGCAGGGACAAGUCGGCUCAAAUUGCUUCGACGAACUCUCCGUGAGCACACAGCUUUGGCAAAGAUAGUGCGGGAGAUCCACUUGCCUGAUCUUCAGGCACUUUACUCCUUCGCGACUAUAGAACGGGAAGAAAUCGUCAACCUCGUGGCCUCGCUCGUCAUGGCUUGUCCUAGCUUAGAGCGACUGGUUGGAUUCCAUAUCCCCUAUACCCACACGUUUGAUCGCCUAUCAUAUGCGCUAUCUACCAGACCAAAUCUGAAGGAGAGGUUAUGGGUUAUAGCGGACGCAAACGUGGAAGAGGAUGAGUACGAUGACGGCUCAGUGCAAGGAUAUUACCACGCAGCCUGCGAUCCUACGGAGAAAUUCCUGGAGCUCAACACGAACCUGCAGUACCUAUCAACCUUGGUUCUACAUCAAGAAUCUGCUCGACCAGUCAUCGAUCUGACUUACCGAGCUGUAAUUGGCACCAUAAGACAGCUGCCAUUGCUUCGCCACCUGUCAUUGUCUGGGUUGUCCAGUUCGUCGUUUCCCAACCUCGCCUUGAGCGCUCUUCCACCCGACCUCCUUUCUUUGCGGCUGGAAAAUUUGCCCGGCAUCAAUGAAAAAGGUCUUCAGCGGCUGUCGUCAUCAUAUGUUGUGACGUCCUUGAAGACACUUGCACUCAUUGACCUGGAAAUCAAUAACCUGGACGUACUAGCAGCCUUCUUGUCACCGCACUUGCAGCACCUCGAAAAGUUCACCCUUUGUCAGCACAGAGCUCCGACACGACACGCCGGCUCAGGCUGUCCCAUCUUCCGAUCAAAUGUAUUGAAAAGCGUUCACUGGGAGUUACGUUCCCAAGUCACCCGGCCGCCUACCACACAAUCUUCCCUCUCGGUCAGAGCUCCACAGCCACUUUGCUGCUCGAAUGAAGAGCUCGUGGCGUGUCUCGCAACAGGAGUGCUUGCAAACAGUAUCAAAGAUGGCCUUCUACCCGGUCUACGACGGAUUCGUGCACCCCACGACCCGCAAGGCGUCCUCCAAGCGCUCUGCAAGCCUCUCGGUACUGCCUUAUUCCGAUCAGACACAUCACAUCUCGCAGCAGCGCUGAAGCUUGACCACUCAUCCGCGCAGUCCACACUCAAAAACCCCGAGAAGGAAACUACGUGCUCACUCAAGGAAUUCUUGAACACAGCCCCCGACGGACGCGCCGAUUCGGUCAUGCUCUCGCCCUCGUCCGCAAGGUUCGCCAGCCACCUCCAAGACAUCCCACAACCCACACCCGCACGUUCGCGUCUCGCAGCACAUGCGCGUAUCCUCUGCGCACGCGAGAACCCCGCCGUAGCCGUCAGAGUGACAGAUCCGGAAGACAACGUACGAGUGGAGACCAACAUUGGCGGAUUUUUGGGCGACUUGCGCAGCAACAUCACGUACGACCUGAAGCCUGACCGGAAUCGCGAAGCGGUAGAUGAAGACGAGGAGUAUGUGCACGAGUGGAUCACAGGGAUCGACGAUGUCAUGGGCGAGUGGGAGGUCGCUAGUUCUUCGAGUGGGUGUCGGCAUGCUGCUGGUGGGAACAUCGCGAGGAGCGCGGUGGAGAUACAGGAUCUGUUUUGA